AGUCUGUUUACCUAGCUUUGUGGAACCUAGAGUUUUUGUUAGAGCCGUUGCUCAGUUAUUGUUAUUACCGAUUAUUCGAUCAUCAUUGUUUCAUUAUUAUCCACUCGCAGAUAUUAUCACAUGAUUGUCCAUCAGUUAUUAUUAUCACUACUAUUUAAUAUUCGAGUAUAUUAUUACUUCUUUAUUCAGUUCUUAUUUAAUUUAUUUGGUUAUUAUUUAAUUUUAUCGUUACCACCGCGAAAAUGCGCCUAACGAACGUAGUAAAGGUGCACUUUGUUAGAUGGCGUCUCAAAAAUGCACUUAGCUCUGGCCAUUGAAAUCAGGCUGGUGGCCGCUCUCGUGCUUCUUUCUGGUAUAACCUAACUUUAAUCAAAGAGUCAGACGCAUUUUCACUUCAUCGAGAAUAUCAGUGUCCAAUGAAAUUUUUCAAGUGUCCUAAUUCUCAUAAGUACAUAGACAUAAUAUAUUAUGUCUAUGCGUAAGACCGACGGUUCUCUAAUAAUAUUUUAUCGAUAACACAAAUGUAUAAUGCGGUGUUCCUAUUGUUAGUUUAGGUUAGAGUACUAUGUUUAGGAUAUCUGUAUAAACAAAUAAUUUACAAGGAAAUCUGAUUUUAACAAGUUGCGACAGAAAGAUGUGUUCGCUCAGUGAUUACGGAUGUAACAAUAAUGAUGAUAAAGUAUUGGAAAGUAUGUCAACUUCCCUGACAGAUACCAAAGUUUGCAGAAAGUGCAAGUGCAAAGAUGUUGACGUUCUACUGACCGGUCAGAGUGGUUACUGCAACAUGUGCUUUCUAACUGUUACAAAUCACAAGUUUAGAGCGGCACUUGGUAAAUCUAAAAUCAUCCGUCAUGGUGACUCAAUAUUAGUUGAUUAUACAGGCGAACUAAAUUCUACUGUGCUUUUACAUAUGAUUAAAGCUGGUAUGAGUGAGUCGACGCAUAAGAAACUUAUCUUCAAGACAACAGUUUUAUAUAUAGAUGAUGUUUUACUGAAUGACACAACACAUGAGAGUAAAAAUAAUAUACAAUGCAAGAUUGCUGAACAAACGAAAAAUUUUGGAUUUGACUGCUAUGUGGUAUCGUUGAGCCAAGUCUUAAGUAAAGAGGAUGUAUUAAGUAUAAGACAGAUUGAUGAUCAGUCAAUUGGCAGUAAUAAUAACGAUGAACAGUUCCGUGAAAUAUUGACUAGUUUGUCUGACAGUACCUCAAGGGCAGACUUUCUCGACAAAUUACGUGGAAAAUUAUUAGUGUCUGCAGCUAGGAAACUUAAUUGUAAUAAAGUAUUUGUGGCAGAUUCUACGAUGGAUAUCGCUACAAAGGUACUUGGAGACAUAUGUUUGGGACGAGGAGCACAACUUUCUACACGUGCAGCCUUCUGUGACGCUCAAUGUGCAGACAUCAAGAUACUCAAGCCAAUGAGAGAUUUCACACAGCAGGAAUUAAUCUAUUACUCGGAAUGUCACAUGUUAAAUCCUGUUAAGUCAAAAAAGAUUGAAGUGACGAUACAACCAGCAACUUCCAUACAAGCCUUGACAUAUAACUUCACAGUGGGACUGGAGUCGCAGUUUUCUGGUACAGCAUCUACUGUAAUGCGCACAGCUGAAAAACUAAGCGCGAAGAGUAGCAAGGAUAAUCAAGACCUGGAAAAUAAUUGUGUACUGUGUAAUGCUAGCUUGGAUUCUGUGUCUUCCGAUAGUGGUGUCACUGCUAUGAAAGCGAUUGAAGUUUCUAGACUAGUAUCUUCCAAAGAUGCCACUGCUAGGACUAUAGUUAGUGAUAAAGAAAACAAAUUGUUCAGUAAUAAGGAAUUGAAUCAGUGUCAGUCGAAUAAUCAAGGAUGUUGUAAUAACAAUAGCAAUCAGUGUGGUUACAUAGACAGUAAAAUAGAGCAAUUGACUACGGAGGAUGUACAGAAAUAUGUGUGUUACAGUUGUAAACUGAUAUUUCGAAAUUCAGAUAUCUUAAGCAAAUUGCCAGCUUCGUCAUUGUUUGCUAUUCAACAGAGAUUGGCUUUCAACAAAAUGAAAGACCAUAUUAGCGACUUUUUAUUAUGAAUAAGCAAUAGAAAUUAAUAGUAUAUAUAUUAUCAUGUCUCUCAAUUCAAUAUUCUCAAUUCACUGAUUAAAUAGAAAUGCCAAGAUCACUAAUUUCUCUUUCUUAAUGUGAUUAUUAAAUGAAUUCAAUAUAAGAGAAAGUUAAUCAUUUGUGAUGUUACUUUGCUCGAAAGAUAUUGUUAGUAAUAUUGAAUUACACACUUUCUCGUGUAUUGUUACAUGUAUAAUUAAGUCUUAACAAUGAGAGUAUUUAAAACUAUGUUUCUCAUUGUUAUAAGUGCAAACAAGUACAAGCUAUAUUUUUUUAUUUCUUCAUCUAUUUAAAUUGCUAAAAUUUUUCCUAGAAUUUCGAAAAAUCAAGAAAAGUAUAAAUACGAAGUUUUUUCGGUAUUUUCUGAAAGUCGUUUUCAGAAAAUCUUGUAGACAACCUAAUUUAGGCCCUCGCCUUCGUCUCGUAAAGGAAACUCGUUCAGGUUAUUUACGCCAAGUUACACGAAAAGGGGGUUCGAAUCUUUUUGGGAACUCCCUGUGAAUGUCCUUGCACCUCAUUACAUGUUUGUACGAAACAUGUGAAUGUAGCUCUCAGUCUAUCGAUCGCAAUGCCGAAUAGGUAAAGGCCGGAGAGCAAGAUUGAGGAUGACGAUUGGGGGUUGAGUACAGGCUAUGCUCGUUUGGAGAGAAGCGAGAGGGAGGCAAGGACGCAGGACCAGGGGAAUGGUUUGGAAUUAAUCAGUAUCGGUCUUCGGUAAAUAACCGUAACGAGGAUCUCUCGGUCAAUUCGCCGGACUCUCUAAGAAUUCAAGGAAAAGCUACACGCCGAGGCGAACUGUAGCCGUUCGAUAAUGAAGCUCUGAGUUUCCCGAUAGCAUUCGAAAAACGCUAGUAAUUUAUUUGGCAGAGAUAAGUUAUUUUGUUCUUUGUUUUUGUUGGCUUCCUUUUCUGUACUCUAUCAUCCAAACAGAAUAACUAUUAAUGCAUUACAUUGCGUUACAUCAAGUUUAUUUUGUGACCUUUUAACUCUUAAAUAUUAACAAUGAGACUAUUUAAAGCUAUAAUCUUUCUUAUUAUUAUAAUUUCAAACAAGCUAUGUUUUUUAUUUCUUUUAUUUAUUCUGAAACUUUUAGAUAAAUGGAAAAAUAGAAGAAACGAUAACAAUUAGACGGGAUUUUUCUUAAAUUUUGAAAUUCGCGAGCUGUUUUUGUUAACGUUGCAUUUGCGCUAACUUGCGUUGUCUCUGUCUUAUUUUAUCCGUGUGUCUCUUUUUCACCUGAACAGUUCUCCUAUUCAAGAUCAGAACAUGUUGAAGAAUAUGUCUUUGCACUUUAUUCGAUAAUUUCACUCGAAUGUUAUCUCGAAGGAAAGAGCAUUAUAAAGAUAUUUCGAAGUAAAAUUGAUUGUAAUGUAUAAAUAUAUAUAUAAAGUAUAAAUAUAAAUAUAUAUAUAUAUAUAUAUAUAUAUAUAUAUAUAUAUAUA